AUGAAAACAUGUCGGCUCCCUCCAUGAGUAUCAGCUUGGCUCGUCAAAUUAGGAAACUUAGGAAGAAACUGAGACAAAUAGAAAACCUCGAGAGACUAGGCAGACAACUUUCCGAAGAGGAGCGCCUAAAGAUUGGAAAGAAGUCCCAGUUUCGGGAGAGGCUGCAGGAAUACCUGGCUCAGGUGUCCGACGAUGAGGAUGCUGGUAAACUUGACUCCUUCAACUCUCCUGCGCGGAAUCAUCACUUGGCUCGGAUGAUUGGUCAACUUUCACAGAGACUGAGGCUGAAAUGCCCUGAGAAAGAGAACCCUCCUAAGAAGCAAGAACCACCAGCUGUUAAACAGACAUCAGAGAAAACAGCACUGAAGAAAAAGAAAUGGGUUGGGUGUGCUGGGGCCCUGUGGUACGGUGUGCUGGGGCCCUGUGGUGGGUGUGCCGGGGCCCUGUGGUUGGGUGUGCUGGGGCCCUGUGGUGUGUGCUGGGGCUGGGGGCCCUGUGGUUGGGUGUGCUGGGGCCCUGUGGUGGGGUGUGCUGGGGCCUUGUGGUGUGUGCUGGUGCCUGCUGGGGAUGGGUGUGUGCUGGUGCCCUGUGUGGUGUGCUGGUGCCCUGUGGUGUGGUGUGCUGGUGCCCUGUGCUGUGGUGUGCUGGUGCCCCAUGUGUGGUGUGCUGGUGCCCUGUGUGUGGUGUGCUGGUGCCCCUGUGUGGCCCUGUGCUGGGUGCCCCUGGGGCCCUGUGGGUGUGCUGGGGCCCUGUGGUGUGCUGGGGCCCUGUGUGUGGUGUGCUGGGGCCCUGUGUGUGGUGUGCUGGGGCCCCUGGGGCCCUGUGGUGGUGCAUGCUGCCCUGGGUGCUGGGGCCCUGUGGUAUGGUGGCUGGUGCUGGUGGUGUCCUGGGGCCCCUGUGUGAGGUAUGCUGGUGCCCUGCGGUGUGGUGUGCUGGGGCCCUGUGGUGGUAUGCUGGUGCCCUGUUCUGAGGUGUGCUUGGGGCUCUGUGGAAGAAAUGGAAGAGUUCGUUUUGUUUCAUCUCGGGAGUAUCCAGACCACAGCGACAUUGUCAACGACCUCGUAGUGGAUGGAAGAAUCCUUGUAACAGCAAGUCGAGACACGACUUUGAAAGUAUGGGAUCUUGAGGAAGGGAGACAACUCAGAAACCUUGGAGGACAUACUGGCAGCGUGACAACUGUGUUUCUGUUGUCAGAACAAGCUUCACAAAAAUCCGGUUAUUUGGCUGGCAAGCCACCUCACCACCGUCUUGUCAUCAGUGGAUCAACAGACUGCUCCUUUAAGAUCUGGAACAUUGCAACCGGGGCCAUACUCAAGUCGGUCUACACAUACAAUCCCAUCACUCGACUGGUCUGCAAUCAGAAGGGUCUCAUUGUGACUGGAACAGAUGGCGGUAAGAUGGAAAUAUGGGACAUGGAGACUGGCGAGAAUCUCCACUCGGUCAUCGCCUGCGAGGGAGCUGUCACAGCCAUGAAGUUCGCAGACAACCAAAUCUACAGCACAUCGUCCACCGGUGUGUUGAAAGUGUUCCAGAUCAGAGAUAACUGCCUGGCAUGUAUGUACGAGGGAGAACCUGCGAUCUGUGUCGGGUCUCUGGUGACCCCGAGGUUCAUCCGAUCUCUGGCAGUGUUCAAACAUAUGAUCUUCUAUGGGGAUGAUGCCAUCAACAUCAAGCUCCUGGAAUGGAAGAGAGGUAUAGUGAAGAAGUUACCAAACCACACAGAUGAGUUUGCAUCCACUGACGCCAUCUGCUCGUUUGAGGACCUCCUCAUCGCUUCCAGCUACGACCUCGACAAUGGCCUCGGCUACAUCAAUAUUCGUUCACUACCGCACGGAGACUACCUGGCUACUCUUGAUGACGAGGACACGGAGAGAAUCGUCUGCCUGGGAUGUGGGAGAACAAAGUCUGGCAACUUGGUGCUGGUGACGGGUGGUAUGCAGCUGAAAGUGUGGGAGAUAGACGCUGUACACAGUCCAUCUCAGGAAGAGGAGGAGGAAGAAGAAGAGAACUAUGUGCAUUUUAUUUCCCGAUUAAAUCGCCCAGGACGUGACUCUGAUGUGGAGUCAGAUUCUGACCUCAGUGAUAGCGACCUUGACCCUGGUAUGGAUGACGAUGAGAAUGGUGGCGCAAGUGAUGAUCUAUCAUUCAAGAAAGAAGAGGAAAAAAGUUCAUGGUUAUCGUAUUGUGCAAUUUUGUGAACACGUCAGAGGAUGAAGAUACUCUGAGAGAUCAUGAACCGACAUUAAAUUUCAGAAUGAUGUACCAGAUUUCCAUUCUGUGCUCACUUCACUUUCUGUGUCCACAGUUGCAGCAUUAUAGAAAAUCUGUUUAUGAAACAGCCUUGAACAACAGGUGUCAGAAUUAUUUCCUUGGCGAAUCUCCCCAAGCCCCAAUGUAGUUACUUCACAUGUAUGUGUUAUGACUGUAUGCAUGCAGAUAUAACCAUUACAGUCUGUACUCAACCUACAGUGCUGUGCAUGAUCCUAUGGGCAGACAACUCUUGGAGUAAGCACAAUCGGCAGAUGUAACAAGUUGGAUUACAGUCAAACCCCAUUUCCCUUGUGAUGACUAUCAGUCAGGCAGUUAAAGGGUCAACUCGGACACUAAGGGCAGUUAAAGGUUUAACUCGGACACUAAGGGCAGUUAAAGGUUUAACUCGGACACUAAUGGCAGUUAAAGGUUUAACUCGGACACUAAUGGCAAUUAAAGGGUUAACUCGGACACUAAUGGCAGUUAAAGGUUUAACUCAGACACUAAUGUAACCUGACUCAUGGUAGAACUUUCAACAUCUAGACCAGGGCCCCCGAUCCACAAAACGAUCUCAUGGUUCUAACUCCACACUUAUCCUGUCUCAGAGUCAUGGGAUAGCUUAGUGGUUAAAGCAUUCGCUCGUCACACUGAAGGCCCCAGUUCGGUUCCCCACAUGGGUACGAUGAGUGAAGCCCAUUUCUGGUGUCCCCCACCAUGAUAUUGCUGGAAUAUUGCUAAAAGCAGCAUACAACCCAACUCACUCACUCACCCCUGAGCACAUCAUUUUCCCUGCCUGUCAGUCCAGGGUGGUGGGGUAGCCUAGUGGUUAAAGCAUUCGCUCAUCAUGCCGAAGACCUGGGUUCAAUUCCCCACAUGGGUACAAUGUGUGAAGCCCAUUUCUGGUGUC